AUGCAAGUGUCCGAAAUAGACAACGUUAAAAUUUACAAUCUUAGCGCUGGCAAAUCGUUACCAGAUUGGCUGACUGAAAGAAAAAAAAGAGCGCUUUUAAAGAAGAAUGUAGACCUCAGAAGACGUAUUGAGCUAAUCCAAGAGUUUGAUAUGCCAGGAGUUAGUACAAGUUUGCGUGUUUCCAAAGAUGGGCAGUAUAUAAUGGCAACAGGAAUUUACAAACCAAGAGUGAAGUGUUAUGAUGUGAAUAACUUGUCCUUGAAAUUCGAAAGAUGUCUAGAUUCCGAGGUGGUAACAUUUGAAAUAUUAAGUGAGGAUUAUACAAAGAUAGUGUUUUUACAAUGUGACCGUUAUGUGGAAUUCCAUGUGGGACAUGGAAGACAUUAUCGUCUUAGGGUCCCUCACUUUGGAAGGGAUAUGAAGUAUCAUAAACCUUCAUGUGACCUUAUUGUUGUUGGAGCUUCAAGUGAAGUUUACAGACUUAACCUAGAAUUAGGACAGUUCUUAGCUCCAUAUGUCACGAAAGCCACUGAGAUAAACUGUUGCGGAGUGAAUGAUGAACAUGGUCUGCUUGUGUUUGGUACAGAGGGCGGUCAUGUUGAGGCUUGGGACCCUCGGACUAAGACUAGACAAGGCAUACUUGAUUGUGCACUACAUUGCUCCGAUGCAGAUUAUAAGAACUCAAGUGUCCCAGCAAUAACUUCAAUUAAGUUUAAUGGUGCAUUACAACUGGGUGUGGGAACAUCAACGGGUCAUGUAUUACUGUAUGACAUAAGAUCCAGCAAACCACUAUUAGUUAAGGACCACAUGAAUGAAAUUCCUAUAAAGUGUAUAGAAUUCCACAAACAAAUGGAUUAUGUUUAUUCAAUGGAUGCCAAUGUUGUAAAAAUAUGGGACAGUAAUACUGGAAAGCAAUACACAAAUAUAGAAUCAUCCGUUGAUUUCAAUGAUCUCUGUGUCAUUCCUAACACUGGCUUGAGUAUGAUGGCUGUUGAAGAUCAAAAGAUGCAAAUUCAUUACAUACCAUCUCUAGGUCCAGCCCCUAGAUGGUGUGCGUUCUUGGAUAAUCUGACAGAAGAAAUGGAGAGUUCAGCAUCCCAAACUGUGUAUGACGAUUACAAGUUUGUAACAAAACAAGAACUUGAGUCACUCGGAUUGGAUCAUUUGUUGGGAACUAAUUUGUUAAGGGCAUACAUGCAUGGAUACUUCGUGGACGUGAGACUAUAUAAAAGAGCAAAGUCGAUUGCGGAUCCAUUUGCAUUUGAGGAAUAUAAGAAACGUAAGAUCAGAGAAAAAAUUGAGCAAGAAAGACCUUCUAGAAUCAAAGUUGAGGACAACUUACCGAAAGUCAAUCGAGAUUUGGCUUCACGGUUGUUGGAUAAUGAUUCAAAUAAAAAGAAACAGUCGUCCAAUCUACUUAAAGAUGACAGAUUUAAGGCGCUAUUUGAAAAUCCUGACUUCGAAGUUGAUAAAGAAGCUGAUGAGUAUCGCCUCCUCAAUCCAGUUCUCGCUAGAUUUGACAAAAACAAAGGAAAGUCGAAAUUAGAAGAAGAGACUAUGGAGGUUCAAGAAGAGGAAGAUAAAGAUUCUGACAGAGAAUUAUAUGAAUCAAGUGACGAUAGUUCAGAUGAAGAUCGAACUUGGAGGAAGGAGAUCAAGAAACAACAUAAAAUAAUAAGGAACAAGAAACAAGAAGAGAUUGUCGCUGAAGAUGAGGACAAUGAAAAAGUAUACGAGUUUAGUAAAGCACCAAAAACGAAUAACAUCAGGAGUAUAAUGCAAGUUAGCAAGAAGAGUCUUGGAGAUCGACUGUUUAAAGAGGGAUCUAAUAUAGUGACCGGCACAGGAGGGAAUAGAGAAAUGAAGUUUUCCAUGAGAGACAAGAAGAGAUCUUCAGAGACUCACAAGAAAAUGCAGAAACAUUACGAAGAGAGGAAGAAGAUUGUGAGACGAACAUCGUAUUUGACAAAGAAAAGAUUACCCAAAAUGUAA